AUGUACAAGGUACAUCUUGAGCAGCGGCAAGACCAAGUGGACAUCCACCACGCCAUGCGGCAGCCGCUAAGGGGCUGUGCCGGCAUGGCCCGCUGCUUGGGGCCCGGGAAGCUGCUGCUGCUGCUGCUGCUGCUGCUGCUGCUGCUUCUGAGAAUCCCCGGGGCCCACCGCUCAUCCCCGCGACGGCCGGCCCGGUUAGCGCCGGUGGUUCACACCUCCAGGCCACCCUGCGUUCCCCUGUUCUCCGCGGGGAACGCAUCUCAGAGGGGCCCGGGGGCCGCACCGAGGACUGACCGCAGUCUGCCCGCCCCGACUCUAGGCUCCACGAGCUCGGCCGCACGGAACCGCUGCGUGGACGCGGCCGAGGCGUGCACGGCGGACGCGCGGUGCCAGCAGCUGCGCACGGAGUACGUGGCGCGGUGCCUGGGGGGCGGCGGCGGCGGGGCCUGUCCUCGCGCCCGCUGCCGCCGCGCCCUGCGCCGCUUCUUCGCCCGCGGGCCGCCCGCGCUCACGCACGCGCUGCUCUUCUGCCCGUGCGCGGACCCCGCGUGCGCCGAGCGCCGGCGCCAGACCUUCGUGCCCGCCUGCGCCUUCUCCCGGCCCGGCCGGCCGCCGCCCUCCUGCCUCGCGCCCUUAGACGCCUGCGAGCGCAGCGGGGUCUGCAGACCCCGCCUCCUGGCCUUCCAGGCCUCCUGCGCGUCCGCCCCUAGCGCCCCCGACGGCUGCCCGCACCCCCAGGCCUCCCGCUGUCUGCGCGCCUACGCGGGCCUCGUAGGCACCGCGGUCACCCCCAACUAUGUGGACAACGGGAGCGCGCGCGUGGCGCCCUGGUGCGACUGCGGAGCCAGCGGGAAUCGGCGGGAGGAGUGCGAAGCCUUCCGGGGGCUCUUCACCGGGAACCGCUGCCUGGAUGGCGCUAUACGGGCCUUUGAUAGCUGGCAGCCCCCAGCCCUGCAGGACCAUCCAGACUCCAGCCAGCACCUUGAGCACAGCCUCCUGCAGAUGCCUCUUCAAGAUGAUGGCUUUGGAGUUAUGAGGCUCCAGAGGGAAGACCACAUCCUGCACUUGAUUCUCACCUGGAAGCGGAGUCACUAAAUAUCACCGGAUCAUUGUUCACAGGUGCCUCUUACUGUUUGGACACUAGAAGCAAGAUGAGUUAGCUUUUCCAAUACCCCAAGACUCUAGCUUUCAGGACUCUCCACCCCUUUCCCUUCUUUGUAAACUAAUUCUGGAACUCAACUCUUGUGAUGCCUUGCCAAAAGCAGCCAGUAACAACCAACACAUACUAUGUUCUGUUUUUCCCCCCAACUUCUUCCCCUCGAGCUAAAAAAAAACACCCAGAGGACACAUCAUUUGCUUUCCAAGCUAUCCAACCUAACAGCCUUACCAGAUGGUCUGCCACUGCCUGGGAGGGAUCCCCAGCUGUGCUGCCCGCUGCAUCUGCUUGCCUGCCACCUGGCUUCGAACCAAACCAAUGCCACGUGUUCGAGGUUUUGGUUACAGUUACCUUCCACCUCAAGGUACCCAUUUGUGUAUUGGUGAGAGUAAGAAAAGCUACCUGCUACAAUAAAGCCUCAAAUCUCAGUGGGUCAGGGGAGUUCAAGUUUGCUUUUUAGUGAUGCAAAGACCAGCACACGGUUCUUGCUGCUCAGGUGACCUGCCUCUAAGUGGUGACUCAGGGAUCCAAUUCCCCCCAACAUCUUCCGACACCUGACCCCCAAGGAGUCCCAGGAAGGAGCAGGGUAUGUGCCAAGUUUGGAACUUGUAUGGAUCACUUCUUCCGACAGUUCUUUGGCCACGGCUGUUUAUGGCACCAACCCGAUUGAUCUGGGUGUCCAAAGUGAAAUUCUACAGGUUUGGUGAACACACAGCCAUCUCUGCCACACUACUACUGAAGCACAGGUUUUUAUCCUGUCAGAACACUUGACAGCUCUCAGAAUAGUUUCAAUGUCCUCCCGAUUGGUGGUAGCAACCACCAGUUUUCCAAAGGUUUUCCUGCCUGGCCCAGGCUCCUCCAGCCUCUUCUCCCAACUCCUAGACCUUGAUCCUCGCCCACCCUUCCUUGUAUGAACCACCGACCUUCCUGGCGCUGCUUUCUCAGAUGUCCUCAACUCAUCCUCUGGGCUUUUUGCACUCUGCACCAGGGCAACAAAAUGCACUUCUAACCCCAUUUCUGAGGGCAGGAGCUGCCUAAAGUGGGGCUGGACAUGCAGAAGGCACACAGACAAUACUUUCGAUAACUUCAUCAAAAACUGAAGACCAAUGAUGAUGCUGCGGCCAUGGGGACGGAACCUAUCAGCACACCUGAGAUUUAGUCAUUUGUAAAACCUAGAGACAUUCAGGAGCCCGUGAGGAGACGAAAAGCUGAGAUCAUGGGCAGCGGGCAGGCCCAGCAUCGGCGUGGACUGCUCUGCACACCAGACUCCACUCUCAUUUCUAGGGCACCAGGGUCAGUGGGACAUCAGGAAGUUCCUCCAGAGGCAUCGGAGGUGCCCACCUGCUGGUUUUACACCUUCAUCUUCAACUGCCAAGUGCUUCCUCUGAGGCAGCUUGAAAUUUGGGAACCAUUAAAAAAAUUUUUUUCCUUUAGGCUCUAAUGACCAAAUAGUAAAAAUAAAA